AUGGAUUGGUUUACGGAAAAGGAAUUAUUGGCGACAAUAAAUGAUAUGGGUUACGAUCUUUCACCCGAAGAAUUGAUAGUUUUCAAGAAAGAAAUGGAUCAAUUCUUGGAUGAGCUGGAACGAGAAAAUGAACAACCAUCUGAAGACCAAAAGGUGUCGUUCAAUUCUCUGAUGAAAAAUGUUGCUCAGUUGGCUGAUUCUGACGUGCCGUGCAGCUAUGAUAGAGAAGGAUUGUUUUAUGCGGAACAGUAUCGUCAUCUUCCAUCUUAUGAAGAUCUUGAAUUGCGUAAGAAGCAAGCGAAUAUCGCACGAUCUUCUGUAUCCAUCAAUCGAAUAUUAAACCGCGAUGAAAUAGUGAACAUUUUGGAUGAUGGGUAUCGUUAUCUUCGGCAAAUUACUGAAGAUAACAAUCGCUUGCAAGAACUAAAUAGUCGUCUCGAGGAAAGUUUGUACCGUAGUCGUGUAAGGUCACUUUCACCUGAUAAAGACAAGCAGAACUUUGCUUCUACUCAAGCAAUAAAUGAUAUGAAAGAACAUAUCGAUGAAGCGAAAAGUGAAGAUGCACUAAUUGCUGUGGAUCCUGCUAUACGGCCGAUACUGCAUCCAGUUCCAGGCGGAGUACCGUUUCGACAUGAUCCUGUAAAGAAAUAUGAAUUAUACAGAAAAGGAUGGCUGGAGAAUCCUCCUCCAGGUGAGAAAAAGCGAUUAUCAUUGAGAUGGAAAGUGCGAGAGUUCAUGCUGCGACGAGACGUAUCCCGAGUUAAACCUGUAGAUUUAGCUCGAAGAAGAAUAUCAAAUCCAGAUUGGUCUCCACGUCCUUAUCUCGACUAA